AUGCCUGUAUCAAUCUCGAAUUCAUUCAAGGAGAAGCUUCUUCGCAACGAGGUAGCGUCUACGCUCAGCGUUCGACUUGUCAAAUCGGUUGAGCUGCCCAUGAUAGCCAAAACUGCUGGCUUCGACGGCAUUCUUGUCGAUAUGGAACACUCAUCUUUCGACUUAGAAACGACGUCUCAACUCUGUACAGCAGCCCUAUAUGCUGGCAUUGCCCCGAUAGUGCGGGCCCCAAGCAAAAACCCUUUCUUUGUCUCUAGGAUCUUGGAUGGUGGCGCGCUUGGCAUAAUUGUUCCACACAUUCGCAGCGUUCAAGAUGCUCAAGAUGUCGUGUCAGCCGCCAAGUUUCAGCCGGUUGGGUCACGGUCGUCGACGAAUUGUCUGCCUCAUUAUCAAUUCCGCUCCAUACCCGCCAAAGUCUCCAAUCCUGUCAUGAAUGACGCAACUCUUGUCAUCCCAAUGAUCGAAACGAUUGAAGCGCUGGACCUUGUCGAGGAGAUUGCAGCCGUUGAUGGUGUUGACUCUUUGUUAGUCGGCACCAACGACUUGACAGCUGAAAUGGGGAUUCCUGGGGAUUUUGAGAGUCCCAUGGUUUCAGAGGCUUAUGAGCGCACUAUAGCAGCUUGUAAUAAGCAUGAAAAGUGGGUUGGCAUCGGUGGCCUGCAUUCGCGGCUAGAUUUGGUUGAAAAAUUCUGUCAAAUGGGUGCUCGGUGGGUGAUGGCGGCUACGGAUGGGCCUUUGCUGAUUGCCGGAGCUUCCAAAACAGCUGCCCAAAUGGCGACUUUGAGUGCCAGGGUAAUUGAGAUGCCUGAAAAAACUUCGUAG